AAUCUGACAAUUAAUCCAAAUGGCAAUAGCACAGACAAACAAACUAGCUGUAAAACAAACGCAAAGAUAAAAUAAAACCAAUAAUCAUAAUUUCUUCGAUUUUGCUUCCUCCAGCAGCCACAAAAAACACUGACAACAAAAGAAACUGCAAGGAAACAGCACCAACAACAAUGGAGUGGAUGCGAAAGACCAAGACCAAAAAACCGCCACGAUUGGAGCGAUUGAACGCCAAAAAAAACAUCAAUUACCAACCCACCACCGUCGCCGCCGCCGUUACUUCUCCAUCUCCAAUUCCAUCUUCCUCCGACGAAGAAACCAGUCUCCGUGUAUUAGGCAUCGAUGGCGAAUUCGAUCGAAUUUUUCAAAGUUUGGGUCUUUCUGGACCUGAAGAUUUUGCUAUCCCAACUCAAGAUUGGGAAGCUAGAAAGGUUCGCUCUGUUUCUACAAUUUCGGUUGCUGAUGAUGUUGCUGUUGUUGCUGUUAGAGAUUCUCCUUCUUCUUCGGGUGAACAUGGUGUUAGGGUUGUUGUUGAUCCACUCAUAAAUGGUGAAAGGAGUGUGCUUUUUACUGAUUCUGGUUCUUUUACUACUUCUCAUGAUUAUGAUAGUGAUGGUGUUGCUGAGAGGAAUUUGUUUCCUCCUUCUGGAUGGAUUAAACCCACUUUUUCUUCUUGGCAAAAAGGUGCCAUUUUGGGAAAGGGUUCUUUUGGAACUGUUUAUGAAUGCUUCACUGACGAUGGAUUCUUUUUUGCGGUCAAGGAGGUGUCUUUGCUGGAUGAUGGUAGCCAGGGAAAGCAGAGCAUUUUCCAACUUCAGCAGGAAAUAUCUCUUUUGAGUCGGUUUCAACAUGAUAACAUAGUUCGAUAUUAUGGCUCAGACAAGACUGAAAGCACACUGUAUAUAUUCCUCGAGCUUGUGUCAAAAGGGUCGUUGGCCAGUCUUUAUCAAAGCUAUCACCUAAAUGAUUCUCAAGUUUCUGCAUACACAAGACAAAUUUUAAAUGGCUUGAAGUAUCUUCAUGAACGUGAUGUGGUCCAUAGGGAUAUCAAGUGUGCCAAUAUACUGGUUGAUGUAAAUGGGUCGGUCAAGCUUGCAGAUUUUGGAUUGGCAAAGGCAACAAAGUUGAAUGAUGUUAAAUCAAGCAAAGGCUCCCCAUACUGGAUGGCCCCUGAGGUUGUUAACUUAAGGAACCAAGGUUACGGGCUAGCAGCUGAUAUAUGGAGCUUAGGGUGUACGGUUUUAGAGAUGCUGACAAGGAAGCCACCUUACUUUGAUUUGGAAGGAAUGCAAGCAAUAUUUCGGAUUGGCAGGGGUGAACCCCCACCCAUUCCUGAAUAUCUAUCUAAAGAUGCCCGAGAUUUCAUUCUUAAAUGCUUACAAGUUAACCCAAGUAAACGCCCAACUGCAGCUCAGCUAUCGGAUCAUCCAUUUCUAAGGAGACGAUCAAGUUCAGGUUCUCCACGUAUUAAUAUUAUUAUUCGGCCUUAAAUGCUGUUGAUCACUUCCUAUAUUGGCACUGAGAAGGUCAAAUUUAUCCUCUAUUUCUCAAGUUAAUACAUACACAUCUUGGGUUUAGACUGGUGGAAAAUAUAUCCAUGAAAAGCAAUGUUUGUUUGCAUAUAUGUACUGGAGUUGAACCUCACUGGUUUGUUUAUAUCUAUCACCUCCUGUAUUGCUCACCAUGUUGACCCCGUGUUGAAGAUAAAUUCACCAAAAGGCAAGACUGCAGUAGCAAGAGUUCCGCGAAGCUAAAAUUUUUACCUUUAUGCCAAACGAGAAGAAGCAAUGACUUCUUAUCUUGCAAAAUGGAUCUUCUGGAGUUGGCUUCUCUAAAGUGAGAAAAUCAAGGGUUGAUAUUGUAGCCACUCAUAAAGUGAAUUGCUCACUUUAGAGGAGCCUUGUCUGAAUCUUGUGAUUGAAGGAGGAAAUUGGAGAAUUAAGGAGACAGACUCUUCCAUUCCAACCAAGUGCUCUUUCCUGUCUAAGGAGGUAUGCGGCCAGCAGGAGAUUGUAAAUUUGCAAUGGGUGUGCGCAGUUGGUUGAUCAUUUGGUGCGGAGCUGUUGAAUUUUUCGGUCAUAUUGCUUCUACCGUUGCUUUUCAAGUUAUAAUUCUAAAGCAGUGGUUAUUGGAGUAUCUUCCUAUAUGCUCACUUGAUUCAUCAGGAGAUCAUAUUCAUGUAAUUGUUAUUGCAAGGAAAUCCUACAUUCACCAGAGUUGCAAGGUGGUUGCUGAUACUUGGUCAUGAAAGGUGCUGCUGUUACUGUACAAUAUUGUGUUAUGUUGUGUUAUCUAUGCUAUUAGAGCAUGAAAUUGUGCAUGAUUUUUGGGUGCAAUUAAACUGUAUAUAAUUUUUGUAUUUGUUUCUAGGAAACUACUAUAACUUUGUCUAGUUUUUAUUUUGUGAAUUGGUUCUUGUAUCUUUAGAAUGGGUAGCGUGCUGUAUUUUUUCGUUUUCAAGAUUGGCGAAGCUUAGUGACAUGUGCUUGUUAUUGUAGCUUCAUGUUCUGGUUAAUAUUAUAUUAAUUUGUGAAUCUAACUUUGUUA